AUGGCUAAUGAUGACUAUGUCGAUGUGUAUUCGGGCGCACAUUCGGACGAUAUCGACCAUAUAUCAUGGAACCCUACCCAUCCAGAACUCUUCUGCACCUCAAGUCAACGAGAUAGAAGGAUCGUAUUCUGGGAUGCUCGACCCUAUCACAAGACCAGCGCCUCACCGUCUUACAAUUCCCAAUACCCAACAGAAUCCAGACACAUCCAAUCCGUCCCUCUGAAAUUCACACCCUCCGAAACGUGCUACUCUCCGAACGGCCGACACCUCCUCUGCGCAUCACCUAAUAAGCAUACCUACUUUUUGGAGCUGACGCGUGGACCGGAUGAAACGAAGGAGACGUGGAAGUGUCGCGAGGUUCCGCCUGCUGCUCCUGCUGCAACUCAGCAUAGCCAAAGUCAAAGUCAAAACCAGAAUCAAGAACAACCGGCUAGUAACAAUAACAGCAAUGCUAAUGCUAAUGGAAUGCCCGCACCAGCACCGACAGUACCGGCAGCACCAGCAAUACCAACAGGUCCAGCCGCCAUGCGCGACCGUGAAGCCUCCACAUCGGUAUCCGGCCCCACCCAAAACCAAUCCCAAUCUCAAUCUCAACAACCUCAACCACAGCCCGGGACGUUACUCUCAAUACCAGGCGUAACGGGCAUAUUCAACCAUACAGGCGACGGAGUGGUCACCUCCUACCCUUACCUGAACACCAUCUUCCUCUUUGAUUACCCCGCGUGCCAGCCUUUUGGUGACGAGUUUGGGCAGUUGCCUGCUCAUGUGGGCGGGUGUGCGGCGUUUGCGCUGGAUCCUAGGGGAACACACGCAAUCAACAAACUCAGUUUCUCGCAUGACGGAGAGUAUUUAGCGAUCGCAAGUGACGGGCCUUACAUCGAUAUCAAACAUGCCAACCUCUUCACCGAAUCCCAGCGCUGGGACCGUGCAUGUCAGUCGCCUGGCACCCCUCGCGAUACGUCCUCGCCUACUGUGGACAGACUAAAUCUCGUGAAGGAGGACCUCCGCCUACGGCUGUUAUUAGUACUUUUGGAAUGCUUGAUUAAAGGGGCCCAUGUGCGUGGCAUGGAAGUCCGUAUGCGAUGGAGUGUAACCUCGUCGUACUUGCCGAUCCAUUGA